AGCUGCACUCCAGGGUACUGGUGUCAGGGAUGUCAUCUGCCAUUCCAAGGAGUGCAUAUCACCACUGACUUAGUUUUUAGAAAAAAACAUUGUGGGAAAUGCUAUAUAUUCUGAAUGCACAUUGAGUAGGUGGAGGCUGCCAAGCUUCAGGCUUUGUAAUGUAUUGGAUUGGGACUGGCAUCCUGGAGAAGAUACUGUGGUGAGGUAGGUCAUGUUUCAUUCCAGGACUCUGUAGUGACCUGCACUGGCUGCAGAUGUUGGGCAGCAGCAUUUACUGUACGUUCAUUCUUGAAGGUUCUGGCCAUCUCCAUUCUGCCAUCUCAUAGGAAACAAACCAAAGGCAAAUAAACCAACCUUAACUGUUCUCAUUACAGUGGGGAGGUUAUAAGCAGAAACAUAUGUGCUUUCUGAUCGAGGGUUUGAAGGUCCCAGUCUUAACUCUGCUGUAGUUUAUUUUUACCCAAAUGCACAGACAAUGAUUAAAAUCAGGCAUCUAGUUUGAACCUAAGGAUGAAAUUCAUCUCACCAUGAUUUGGCUGUCUCAGCCUCUCUGCUCUCUGGGUUCCUCUUCAGUAAGCUGAUGAUGGAAUCCCAGGCUGUUGUUUACACCUCCUGUUUCAGAAGUGGCAACUUCCACCAGUAACUGCAGUGCCUGGUUAAAAGCAUGUGGGAUGGGUACCCAUACUGUCUCCCUGUGGGAUGAAAUGGGCAGUGCCUGCGUGCACCCGGGGAGGGGUCUAGGGUCAUGAGUAUCCGGGGCGGUCGCGUGUACGGGUAUAAAUAGCCUUGUUGCGCAGCAUUAAAUUGGCAUUUUGGUGUUACACACUGUGUGUGCGUCCCGUAUGCCCUGCAUGCAGAGGUGCGGACGGAAGGGAAGCCUUAUUAUGUUGUCGUAGACAACAUCUGGUGACCCCAACGUGAUUUUUGGGCGCGAGCAAGGCGCCGAACGGCCGAUUUUGGGCGCGAGCAAGGCGCCGAGAAGCCGGAGCCGUGAUGGGGCUCGGUGUGCAGGAGGUGUGAGAGAACAGAAAAUGAAGCUCUAGUAAGAAUUGGAAACUGAAUAAUUUUCUGGAAAAUACCACUCUGUGAUCUGCACUGCUAGAAGUGAGCCCAGUCUGAGCAUUAAGGCUCCUUACCUCUGUCAUCUGACUUGGUUGAGGCAGCUCUGCAGGCCUUCUUCAGACAAAAUCAUAAGGUGGCGGUGGUGACAGAAGAAGAACGAGAAUGAUUACGUAUCUGUAACUCUCAGCAGUAUGUCAGGGUAUAUACCCAGUUACUUAGACAAGGAUGAGCUAUGUGUAGUAUGUGGGGACAAAGCCACCGGAUAUCAUUAUCGCUGCAUCACUUGUGAAGGUUGCAAGGGAUUUUUCAGAAGAACCAUUCAGAAAAACCUCCAUCCAACCUAUUCCUGUAAAUAUGAAGGAAAAUGUGUGAUAGACAAAGUAACAAGAAAUCAGUGCCAGGAAUGUCGCUUCAAAAAAUGUAUCUUUGUUGGCAUGGCAACAGAUUUGGUGUUGGAUGACAGCAAGCGGUUGGCAAAGAGGAAGCUGAUAGAAGAAAAUCGAGAGAAGAGGCGUCGGGAAGAGCUGCAGAAAACAAUUGGUCACAAACCAGAACCAACAGAUGAGGAAUGGGAGCUGAUCAAAAUUGUCACUGAAGCACAUGUGGCCACCAAUGCACAAGGAAGCCACUGGAAGCAGAAAAGGAAAUUUCUGCCAGAAGACAUUGGGCAAGCACCAAUAGUUAAUGCCCCAGAAGGGGGGAAAGUGGAUUUAGAAGCCUUCAGCCAGUUUACAAAAAUUAUCACACCAGCGAUUACAAGAGUGGUGGAUUUUGCCAAAAAGUUGCCUAUGUUUUGUGAGCUGCCAUGUGAAGACCAGAUCAUCCUUCUGAAAGGCUGCUGUAUGGAGAUAAUGUCCCUCCGAGCAGCAGUUCGCUAUGACCCCGAGAGUGAGACUUUAACGCUAAAUGGGGAGAUGGCGGUGACAAGGGGCCAGCUGAAAAAUGGGGGUCUUGGCGUAGUGUCUGAUGCCAUUUUUGACCUGGGCAUGUCUCUUUCUUCAUUUAACCUGGAUGACACCGAGGUUGCCCUUCUCCAGGCUGUUCUGCUCAUGUCGUCAGAUCGCCCAGGCCUUGUUUGCGUCGAGAGGAUAGAAAAGUGUCAAGAGGGUUUCCUCCUGGCAUUCGAACACUACAUUAAUUACAGAAAACACCAUGUUGCACAUUUUUGGCCAAAACUGCUGAUGAAAGUGACAGAUCUGCGAAUGAUUGGAGCCUGCCAUGCCAGCCGCUUCCUGCACAUGAAGGUGGAGUGCCCCACAGAACUCUUCCCUCCAUUGUUCCUGGAGGUGUUUGAGGAUUAGAGAGACUGGAGCAGUCCUCUGCACCCCUGUCACACUACUGGCUGUCAUUUCAUUCCAUUGCCCAACUCUUCUCACACCUGUUUGUUCUUCUUUUGUUCUCUUCUGAUUCUUGAGGUGGGGUUGGGCUUUUGUUCUGAGUUUUUCUUUGGGGUUGCUGGGGGCAGUUGUAUGCACAUGGAUGAAAACAUCCCUUUCUGCUGGUACUUGUGACUAUUGCAAUUUGUUCUUCAGUCCUUUGAUGUGAAUGCUUUGACAGCUUAACAGUGAAAAUAGAAACAGACCAGUUUCAUUCACCAGCACUUGCGUGGUCACCAGCUCACAUGCAUCAUUGCUUGGAAAAUACGGGAGAUAAAUUGAAGUGGCAGAAAAUAAAUUGGCCUCCAAGUUAAAACAGCUAUUGAUAAUUUGAUCCUAGCAAUUCUAUCUAUCUACUGUUUCCUCACUUUGCAGGGUACUAGUGACCAUUUCAUGAGAUGAAUUUUCUAGUCUUCGUGGUUGUUUCUUUUGUAACAAUCACUCUUAUGAUCUAGGACUUUCAUCAUUGUCAUGAUACCAUCAUUAUCUUAGGAUUGUUCCAAUGGAUGCAGUUGAACAGUGCCCCAUAAAUCAAGUAUUUAGUACAUGCAAAGUGGCGGAAGGGACUGAAUCAUUUUUUUCCAUGUGUACAGAAAGUAAGAUUGUUCAGUUCUUACUACUCCAAGUAACUUCGCUGGAAGCUCUAUUGGAAGAAGGAGGGAGAUUUGAUCCUCUGAUGUGCUUUUUCCUGAGUAGAGAAGUCUGCUUUUUCUGAGGUUUGUGGUAAAUUCAGUGCUCUGAAGGGAUAGGCUGUUUGUCAGAAUAGCAGGAUUUCCUAAGAGUUAUUCAGGGAUGUGAAUGAAUGAAACGUAUGGAAUGACCGUCAGAAGGAACAGAAACCAACUGUGUUAUUGAUAACACUCAAGACUGUACAGCUUUUUCCCAGUAGUACAAAUAGUAUUGCUUGGCAGUAAUCUUUUGUUUUAUAUAUAUAUAUAAAGUUUAUAUGCACGUAUAUAUAUAAUUUUAUAUAUAUAUAAUUAUGAAUCUUCAGCAGAUGUCUUAAACAUAUUUCCAUGUUUUUAUCAUCUCUCUCUCUUUCCUUCUUUCACCCUCUCCUGUGUGUGUAUGUGUGUUGAUCAGCUAGGUUCUCCCUCCCUGGUGUAUGUAUGUGUUUUGUUUGGCUAGUUUCUCACUUGAUUCCUUCACAUAAUUUAUUUCCACUAACUACACUAGCAGGAACUGAACUGAAAGAUAGGAAGUCCAGCUGCCAAAAUCUGCAAGUCAGUACUCACAAUACUGGAAUGUUUGGAAGCCUGUAAUGAGGGCAUUAUAGGUAGAGAGAGAUUCUGUUCUGUCAUCCAUCACCAUCCAGAGUUGUUGUCCCUGGAUUUUAUAAACUUAAUAUUAAACCAUUCUCUGAAUUUGUGUGAUACAUCAAAAGCAUUCUUCUGUUCUUCCUGGAAACUCAAGAGACCUGUUUUGCACUUCCUCAUAUCCCACAUUCUUUUGUGUUGUGCAUUCAUUUGUACUGCUUUCUGUCUCUGCUAUUCAUUGACAUAUUUGCCUGGCAACUCAUUGGGCACUGUUAGAAUUGAUAUGUUGAUUUUCAAAGCUCAUGGCCCAUGUCCAAACCCGUAUGUUACACAUUUGUCCCCUUGUAAGAUCAUGAUACUCAGGAAAAUGUAUAGGUGGAGCACAGUAUCUUUGUGCCAGGGAUUAAAUUCUUUUCACCUCUGUUUCUCUGUAACAUUGAUAAACUGUUUGGAGUGCUAUUGGCUCUAUUUUCAGGGUUAUAGAAUCUUGUUCUCCUUGUUCUUUGAUAUCAUAUGUACCCACGGUGAGUGAUGAGCAUUGAUGUUAUUCCUUAGAGGUUAUGCCCAUAAUUUCAUGAGAAUAUAAAACACAGUGGGAUGUUCAGGGCUUUUUGCAGGUACCAAGUAGACAGGCCUUUGGAAAUAAGUCUUUCUUUAAAUGCUUGCUGAAAUUGAAGAACCUCCAUUGUGGACUGGCUCUAUUUGCUCCAUCUCAAAAGAUGUGCUAGCAACACAAAUUCCCUGUAGAGCACUACAUCUUGGGGACAAGGAUCGGGAAACGUUCUAGGUUUUUGGAACAAGAUACCACACAAAUGGAAAGGCUUCCAUGUAUUCAGUUCUGCAGAAUCUCAGAUGAGCAGCAUCCACAGUCAGUAAAGAGUAUUAGGUAUCUGAUUUGAGGGUGGUUUGGUAGGGCCCUGAUAGUAUAUAGGGAAAGCAAAAAACCAGCAUCUCUACCCAAAUGGCUCUUAAAAAGAAAAGAAGCGUGCCUGCCUUUUUGGAGUGUUGUACUCCCAGAAUCAUGGAGUUCCUUCUGAAGCAAGCCUGAGUAUCUCAUCUACUUGCGAAAUAUGAGCUUGAGUUAGUGUAAAAACUUGUAACUGCUGCAGAUGAGACCAAGGAGAAAGAAAGUCACUUUCUCCCGGUAGUAUUCACAGUGACCUCACUGCAGGCUCCAUGAUAUUUUAUGUAUUUCUCAGAGCUUCAGUUCUUAGAGUCAUACUGCUGCCUGAGAGAUUCAGUCUCUCAUUAAGAUCAGUGUUUCUCAUCCUCUGGGUUAUAAAGGAAAACAGCAGCCUAAAUGUUAAAUAAUGAGGUUGGAAGUCAAUACUCAGUGGUGACUUCUCAUUGCCCUUAACUACGGGGGCCCACUCUACUGGCUUUUGAACACUUGGGAGCGUCGGGACUGCAUUAAUCAAAAAAUAAAGGUCAGAAGUUAGAAAAAUGUGGAAGUUACUGGGUUGACUUGGGGAAGCAGCAAGAGAUGAAGAAACUUGCAACACCCUGGACAGAACUGCAGCUUGAGGUAAUGCUGAGAACAAAUGCUUUGCACAGGCUGCUGUAAAAAUCAUUGCUCAUACAGGAAUUUGUCAUCCAAGCUCAUGGUCCGACUUCCUGAUACUGAAGCAGGCAACUAGGCAACAACUUGGAAGAGUUCAGCAGUCCUUUAAGCAGUAAGGACAUUAUCAGUGUACUUUUCUGUCUUUUUACAUUGCAUUGGAAUCUGGUUCUGAUUAACAGAGUGGGAUUAGUAGCAUUCCUCAACAGAAAACUAAGACCAAGCUCUUAGUCUGACGGAUUUGAUGUUCUGGCAUCUAAUAACCUCUGAUCUCCUACCAGUUUUACUCUGUGUAUCUUCAUUGACUUCCUCGGUCUGUCUGACUCCUGAUUUACGUGAUCAUGAGAGCAAAGCUAGAACCUGUGAGGAUGCGUUUGCAGGCUCUUACUAGUGAAUACUGACCUUAGUUCUGCAGUGACUCAGGUCACUGUAGGACUGAGCCACUGGAUUUACCACCUGAGUGGCAGACAUCAGUCAGCAGGGUCUGUAGGACCUGGCCUUCCAAGGGAAACAACAAACGGGCACUUUUAACUGCAGUUCAGGGUCUUGUUUCUGAUGGUGCCACAUAACCUUUGUUUUUGCUUUGUGGUCUACAUGUGGGUCUUGCAUAGGAGAUGCUUCCUAUCAAACCUGAUUGUCAUCGUUCAUGGUCUUGCCCUGAGUAACAUAUGCAUUUAGAUACUCAUUUCAUGUGUCAUCUCAGUUAAGUUAUGGUAUUUAUAAUGAUAUAUAAAAUACAUAAUAAUUAUUUUUGUUUACAUUCUGCCAAAAUGUAGGCGUUAGAGUUAUAUCUCUGAGAUCCAAAACCAUCCUUGAGCAAAAUGCUUGUUUCUUCAGAGGCAGGCAUCAGAAAGUGAACAAAAAACUGUCCAGAAUGAUCAUUUGUAUCCAAAAUCUGCCAAGACAGGGCUGUUGAUCACAAGCAGAGCAUGUCAUUGCUAGCAAUGCAUUUUUAUGCUAUGGAACUCUAACCUGUAUGUGUCAUAUUGACUUUUUGCUGCAUGAAUCAUAAAUUAUAAAAAUCAGUCCUAUGGUUUUGAGAUGUAGCCAGCAUUCCUAAGGCUAAACCUUUUUCAUUGACUGAAUCAAAAUCCACAACCAAGGAACAUACUCCUCUCACUGUGAGAGCAGUUGAAAGAGUUCAACGUUUAUCUUUUCUCAAAGGAAGAGGCAGUAGGACCUCUUGACGUGUCUUGUUAUUGUGAUCAUCUGGAAAUGAUUGCCAGACGUUUCCUUUUGAUAUAGCAAUGAAGUGAUCCGUAUUUAAAUUUUAUAGAGAGAAAUUUUAUUCUAGUGUGAUAGAGAUUUAUUUUCCACUUAAAGACUCAAAACAAUGUGAGCACAUUUUUUUACUAUGGUAUAUUUUUGCUUUAAAAUUAAAAACCACAAAAAAAAAAAAAAAAAAGGUUUGGCCUUACCACGAAGUUUUAGUGUGUCAUAUAGAUGUUAGCAGAUGCAAAGAGUAUGCAUUAUUUGUGUGUAUCCACAUUGACUGAUGUCGCCUUCAAAAAGCAAUAUUGUGCAGGUAAUAAGUUGUUUGUGACUGUCCAUUGCACAGUUUACCUUCUUCAAAAGCUAACCUUGUUUAUGCACAAGACAAUCAAAUGUAAAUCUACAUCAGCACCCAGGUGUAGAUUAAAUUCAUGUAAAUUACUGAGCACAAUGUAAAACAUUAAAAGACACUUUAUUUAAUUACACAUUUAAUGUUGGUGAAGAUAGUAUCAGGGCAUGAACUAGCUGACAUACUGUAAUUUCUUUUUCUCUUUUCCUACUUCCCUAGCACUCUUCAGUUUUAGUUUGCUCACAAAUUCAUCAGAUUAGUUAUUCAUAAUUUUUUUGAAGAGAAGGGUGGUUUGGGUUGUUCAUUUGUUUUUAUGAAGUUAGGUGGGAGGACUUCUUACUCUGUCUACGAGGUUUGUGGGUUUUGCUUAUUUGGUUUAUUUUUAUACCAGUUUCGUGCCCUGAGGGUAAGGCAAACGUUACGCAGUACAGUAAAAAAAAAAUUACCUUGGAUGAUGUAUUUUUUUGCAAGCAGUGUUAAGAGUUAUGCUAGAUUGGUAAUAUUUUUUCAGCCUAAAAUAUAUUAAAAAUCUGUGAUCACAAAUGUUUUAAACUAUCUAAAGAGAAAAUUUGUAUAUUUGGGGGAAGAAAAUAAUUUUUACAUAGCUUUUGUAUGCAGAUAUUAAAAUGUAAUUAUGAAUAUAGUGGGCAUAGAUAACUGUGUAAGCUUGAAUUCUAAAAAAGAAAAAGCUUAUAACUGAA